UCGCUCGGACAGAGGACACACAGUGCAACACAAAACAGUGGCUGUCAUCCCGCGUGUGCAUCUGUAUGUGUGUGUGUGCACCCUAUCCCUUUCCAGGUAGAUAAUGUGAACUAAUUGCGACGUCGAAAAUCAUUAGCCCACGAAAAAGGUACAACACUGCAACGUGAAGUGAAGUGUAGCACGCGCAAAACCCGCAGAAAACGGCACUGUUUUCACAGCCUCGACCGAUGGCAUACGUGUGAGGAGGCGCAAAAUCAUUUUUGAAAGCCGAGUCGGCAGUGCGGGCUGGCACGGCUCAACAUCAACAUAUUUAACAUAUGUCAACACGGUACGGUGUCGCUCGCACCUUGCGCUGCCCGCAGUAGCUGCCCCAAAGUGCGCCAGACGGCAUCGGAAUCGGGCACCACCGGACUCAAACCCAAUCAACCGCAGCAACCACCACCACCACCAACCGAACAAUAGGCAGGUCGGUACGAUGGCUGCCUCCAGCGCGUCCAAGCCGCCGGAGGAUACGUCCAAGCUGGGCUACUCGUACGUCACGCCCGCCGGGAUGUGCCUCCGGUUGCGCCAGAGUCUCGCCCAGUUCAGCGAUCUGUUCAGCGAGUUCAACAAAUACAUCGCCCCGGCGUACCAUCACGACCGGUGCGAGCGGUCCGUCCACAUGCGGCUGUACUCGAUGAACAAGCGCGAGUUCGCGACCGUCUUCCUGGCCUUCUUCGCCUGCUUCGGGCUCGGCAUCUUUAUCGGGCUGGCCGGGCCGCCCAUCACGGUGAUGAGCAAGGUGAGCGGCGGCUCGCUGCAGCCGAACGGCACGGUGGCGGCCGGCGACGGGGCACCGGGCGCCUACCUGGCCCGCGGCCCGUUCGUGAUGCGCACCCCGCUGCUGACCACCUACUCGCAGCAGCUGUGGAUCAUUGCCAAGCUGACGACCGACAACACGGACGACGAGAUGGUGGACAAAAAGUUCCACCUGAGCGUGCAGAUCGAGGGGCUGACGGUCGACCACAAGCCGAUGCCGGUGUACGGCGGCGCGCACAAUGGCGGCACGGACGUGCGGAACCGCACCCGCCACCUGUCCUGCAGCUACGAGGAGUGCGACGAGUUUACCGUGCUGCACAUCGGCUUCCUCGACUACGCGCACUACAUCGUGACGGUGCAGUUCUACGGGCUGGAGGCGUUCCACCAGCGGUACAACAUCCGGACCGUGCAGUUCUACUUCAAGUCGUACAAUCCCGCGUUCACGCAGAUCGAGAUCUGGUUCCGGUUCAUCUUCGUGCUGUUCACGUUCAUCAUCACGUGCUGGUUUGCUCACACGCUGCGGAAGUACCCGAUGGGCGACUGGUCGAUCGAGCAGAAGUGGCUCUCGAUACUGUUGCCGCUGCUGCUGCUGUUUAACAAUCCGCUCUUUCCGCUCAUCUUCAUCGCGAACAGCUGGCUGCCGGGCAUGAUCGACGCCCUGCUCCAGACCACCUUCCUCUGCGGCAUUCUCAUGUUCUGGCUGUGCGUGUACCACGGGCUGCGGCAGAACGAGCGCAAGCUACUUACCUUCUACCUGCCGAAGCUGAUCGUCGUGCUGCCGAUCUGGCUGUGCGCCGUGGUGCUCGGCAUCUGGGAGAAGUGCGACGAGCUGAACGACCCAACGUACAGCCAUUUCGAGGACUCGGAAAACUACAACGGGUUGAAGGUGUUCGUAUCGAUUGCGGGCGCCAUGUACUUACUCUAUCUGGGACUGCUGAUGCUGAAGGCGUACUCCGAGCUCCGAUCGAUGCCGUAUUUUGGUAAGGCAAGGAGAGGGGGAAGUUCAUCCUGCGUUUUCAAGACUGUUCACCGCGUUCGUUUUUGGGUUUCAAAUGCAGAUAUGCGACUAAAAAUCCUCACCCUGCUGAUGCUGAUCGUGCUGACGAUUUCGCUGAUCGUCACGAUGCAACACUUCGGCUUCGACACGCUCGAGGACAACUUUAUCGCGCAGCUGUACACGAGCUACAAAAGCUCGGCCCAGUUUAUGUGCUUCUACGGUUUGCUGAACUUCUAUCUGUACGCGAUGGCCUACGUCUACUCGCCGAGCGGUCCGGCCGUGCACGAACCGAUCAUAGCGAAGGAUAAUCCAACGUUCUCGAUGAUCAACGACUCGGACGAGGAGGUGAUGUACGGUUCGGACGAGGAAAGCCGCCGGCCGCUGAACUCCGCCUGCAGAAAGGGAAACGAUUACGAUAGCGAUUAAGGCGACUGGCGACACCAGUGGCGCAGAUUACGCGCAACUUACUAUUCCCAUCUCUUCCUUUCCCCGGCGGCAAAACAGUCCGUGUCGCCCAGUUCAUUUGGUUCGUGUCGUUGUCGGUCCGGGUUGAUGCGCUGCCAGCACAGGUGCCACCCAGGGUAGGACAUUUUCAAACAGGGUAAUUAAUUAGGUUGACACCACAGAGAAUACGUUGUGAACGCGUCAAUUAGUUUCAACCACACUCGGUUUUAUGCAUUUUCCGGCCUUGGUGCAGCCCACGAUGCGCGGUUGUUUACAGGGACAGCCUGCUUUGUUUACGUUCUGUGACAGCUGGUUUUCGGACAGCGGAGGCGCACACGCGCCACCGUUUACAUCAACCCGGGUGCGUUUCUCACGCGCCAUCGAAUGGCAGCCGGCGUGCAGCGGUGUACCCAACGGACGACAAUUUUGGCAACACAGGCAUUUUCCUCCCUUUGCUCCCUCGACAUUGCUAGAACGAUUCUAAUCAAUCUUUAAACCAAUUGCAGCCAGAUAUAUGCGUGUGCAGGUCUAGUUGUUACAAACUGUGUAAGUGUACGUGUGUGUGCGUGGGUGUGUGAGUGUGUGUGUGAUUCUGAGUUUCUUUCUGCCUAGUAAACGUUAACCACCCGGUUACUCCAAUUCCCAAAAUUUCAAGGCAAGAAUAAACAUUCAAGUACGCACGGGUUGGCAUGAAUACAUGAAGUUCGUUAGCGAAACUAAGAUAGUAAUUGUUUGUAGUAAGUCAAGAAAGAGAGCGAGGAAAGGAGUAAGAAAGAAAGAUACACAAAGCGAGAGAGAAAGAGAGAGAGAGAGAGAGAGAGUGAAAAUAGGAAAAUAGAACAAUUAAACUUCUGGUAUGUGAAUUCUUCCGACUCACGUACCAAGUUCCAGUAAUAUAGAAAUAUCUGGUUCACGGUUGCGAUGUAAUCAUCAAUUAGAUAAUGUAUGAAAUAAAAUAACGACUAAACUAA